AUGCAUGUUAUGAGAUACCUUCUGGACAAGGGGGCUGAUGUGAAUAAGCCAGUCUAUUCAGGCCAUUCUCCUCUUCACCAUGCUGCAAAAUAUGGACGUGAUGAAGCAGCACGAUUGUUGCUAUCCAGAGGAGCUAGUGUUGAUUCAACUUUUCGUGGUCUGACACCACUACAUUUUGCUGCUGGCUUUGGGAUGAUUGGUGUCAUGAAAGUACUGUUGGAGCACCAUGCAGAUCCGAACAAGGUCUCAGAAGAGGGAAGUACUCCGCUGACUGAAGCACUUCGUGGCACCGAUUCAGGACUACCUGAAUCUACUAUACUGGAGUGUGUCAAGCUGCUUGUGGAGGCAGGCACAGAUGUAAAUGCUGCUAAUAUUGAAACUCCAUUGGUAAUAGCAACUAGUUAUGGCUUAACUGACUGUGUCAAGUACCUGUUGAAGGCUGGUGCAGACCCUAAUAUCCCACAUAUUCAUACUGGUGCCAAGCCAAUAGAACUUGCUGCAAUCCGUGGAAGACGGAAGCUUGUGGAGUUACUAUUUCCUUUAACUUCUCCUAUUCAAACUGUACGAAACUGGACCGUUGAAGGAAUUAUUGCCCAUGCCAAAAGGCCCUCUAAGCCCUCUAAGCCAACGGUUAAGCAUGAUAAAAGUACGAAAGUUCAGUUGAAAUCAUUUGGUGAGAAAGCUAUUAAGAGAAAGGACUAUCAUGGCGCGUCAAAGUUCUACACCGAGGCAAUUGAGCUGGACCCUAGUGAUGCGACGCUGUACUCAAACAGGAGCCUUUGCUACCUGCAGACUACUGAAGCAGAUAAGGCUUUGCACGAUGCUAACACUUGCAUAAAACUGCGCCCUGAAUGGAUCAAAGGUUACUACCGGAAAGGAGCCGCUCUCAUGUCGCUCGAGGACUACAAAGAAGCUUGUGAUGCAUUCAUGGCUGGACUGCAGCUGGAUCCUGGAAACGCCGAGAUGGAGAAAGUGUUCAUGGAGGCGGUCGAGGAAAUGAAGAAGGAUCACUUGGCUAGAAAAGGCUCCAAGCCAUCCGAUUAA